AACAUUGCAGGCUGUUGCUUGGCGAUGCUCGGCUAUAAAGCAUCUUCCUGCACUCGCAUCUCACACACAACAUCCCCAGCCACUCCUCUCAGGUGAACGAGGGACUGCUUCAAGCUAUAAAAACAUGCGUGAGUGUAUCUCUGUCCACGUUGGCCAAGCUGGGGCCCAGAUAGGCAAUGCAUGCUGGGAGCUGUACUGCCUGGAGCAUGGCAUCCAGCCAGAUGGUCAGAUGCCCAGUGAUAAGACUAUUGGAGGAGGGGAUGACUCCUUCAACACGUUCUUUAGUGAGACUGGAGCUGGGAAGCAUGUUCCCAGAGCUGUUUUUGUGGACCUGGAACCAACAGUCAUUGAUGAAGUGCGUACAGGAACCUACAGGCAGCUCUUCCAUCCUGAGCAGCUCAUCACUGGAAAGGAAGAUGCAGCCAACAACUACGCCCGAGGUCACUACACUAUUGGCAAGGAGAUUAUUGACCUGGUUCUUGACAGAAUUCGGAAAUUGGCUGACCAGUGCACAGGGCUGCAGGGUUUCCUCAUCUUCCACUCCUUUGGAGGUGGAACCGGCUCUGGCUUCACCUCUCUGCUCAUGGAGCGUCUCUCUGUCGACUAUGGCAAGAAGUCCAAGCUGGAGUUCGCCAUCUAUCCAGCUCCUCAGGUGUCCACAGCUGUGGUGGAGCCCUACAACUCCAUCCUGACCACCCACACCACCCUGGAGCACUCCGACUGCGCCUUCAUGGUGGACAAUGAGGCCAUCUACGAUAUCUGCCGCAGGAACCUGGACAUCGAGCGUCCCACCUACACCAACCUCAACAGGCUGAUCGGACAGAUCGUUUCCUCCAUCACCGCUUCCCUUCGCUUUGAUGGGGCCUUGAAUGUGGACCUGACAGAGUUCCAGACCAACCUGGUCCCCUACCCUCGUAUCCACUUCCCUCUGGCCACCUACGCCCCUGUUAUCUCGGCAGAGAAGGCCUAUCAUGAGCAGCUCUCAGUGGCUGAGAUCACCAACGCCUGCUUUGAGCCGGCCAAUCAGAUGGUGAAGUGUGACCCUCGCCAUGGGAAGUAUAUGGCGUGCUGUCUCCUGUACCGCGGUGACGUUGUGCCCAAAGAUGUGAAUGCUGCCAUCGCCACCAUCAAAACAAAGCGCACCAUCCAGUUUGUGGACUGGUGUCCUACAGGCUUCAAGGUGGGCAUCAACUACCAGCCCCCCACUGUGGUUCCUGGAGGAGAUCUGGCCAAGGUGCAGAGGGCCGUGUGCAUGUUGAGCAACACCACCGCCAUCGCCGAGGCCUGGGCUCGACUCGACCACAAGUUUGACCUGAUGUACGCCAAGAGGGCCUUCGUCCACUGGUAUGUGGGAGAGGGGAUGGAGGAGGGAGAGUUCUCAGAGGCCAGAGAGGACAUGGCUGCCCUGGAGAAAGAUUACGAGGAGGUGGGAACUGACAGCAUCGGCGAUGAAGGAGAGGAAGAGGGGGAGGAGUAUUGAAUUUAAAUUAAACAAAGAAAACUAAUGUUGACAGGACUUCCAUCAGAUCUAAGUUUGUUUUAACAAACUGAGCUGCAGCUGUAGGUUUUAGACAAUCUGACAAAAGCUUUGCUUGUAGCACACUAAAGCCCUUUGUUGCUGCUUGAAUUCUGUAAAAAUUAAACUAGUACUCAUAAACCUUUAAAAUUUGGCAGUAAUUGUGACAUUUUCUCUGUUACGUAAUAUUCUUAAUCCCUAAUCUCCACUCUACAAUCCUCUGUUUUCAGUGUCAAGAGAUCACCAGUCCCAUGUGUCUUUGUCUUGAAA